UCUUUAUUACAUUUUGAAUGACUCUUGUUGUCCUCCAUAGCAAACAAGUCUAUCAUUCGGGUGUAAAAAAGGAAAAAGAAGAAGGAUGACAAUGGGAAAAGACAAAAACAAAGUAAUUUUAGUAACAUUUUAAUGUGUUAACGUUAGGUCUAAUCCUCCUUUUUUCUUAUUAUGUAAUUUAUUAUGUAAUUCAAUUUCAGUGUUUUAAAUGUAAUGGUUAGCAAGUAAAUACAUUGCCAAAGUGAAAUAAGUCUUUAAAUCAUCCUCAAACCUUUACUAAAUCUCUGUAAACUCUGUGGCUUUAAAAGUUAGUUUAUAGGUUGUGCCAAGCCAAUUAAAAUAUAUAUUUUUAUAUAAUUAAUGCAUUUAACCAUAAAAAAGCUUUUUCUUUGUUUGACUUUUUUUUAACUUUUUUCUUAAUUUUUCUCUUUUUUAGGAUCUUCUAAAUGUCUACAACCUUUGUGUGAUAAGUCCCUGUGUCUGUGCUAAAAAUGAAAGGGACACUACUGAAAUUAUCUUAUCAAAUGUUUUAAAAAACACAAUAUACUCGUAAUGCACAGUUUGUGUGUGUGUUUUAUUCCCAUCUUACACCCUAAACACAGCUACAAUUAAUAAAAUUGAUAAUAGAUUUGUUAUAUUUAUAAAUGUGUAAAUAAUUAAGCACUAAUAGCACCAAGGGCCCACAAAUAAAAUUCUGCUUAGGGCCCCAUAAAGGCUGGGGCCGACCCUGCUUUAAAAGUACAAUUAACUGAUUAGUACCCCUAAAAUUUAACUGGUACAAAAUUGUUCCUUAAGGUACACAAUAUGUGUGUACUACUGUACACCAAAACAUUUCAAUUUGUUAUAUACAUGUACUGUACCCAUAAAGGUACAAAAAUUAACUUUUAAGGGUACCACCCCAGCAACACAAAAGGUACAGUUUUGUACCUUUUUUCUGAUAGUGUAGGUGCAAAUGUGUAUUUUUGAAAGGGUACCACACCAGUCACAUUUAGAGACCCUUUUAUUUUGACAGUGCAUGUAAUACAUAUAUCAUAUAGUAAAAAAUGGAUGUAUUUAAUACAUUUGUAUAUUGUAUCACCUUAUUUAGAAUUAAAUGUGUUUACAAAUAUAAUUUUCAAGAUACGUUUGUAAAACAUUUUAUAUCUAAUAGUCUUUUUUUUGCUUAGGGGUAUUGAUAAUAUUAUUGUCUUGUCCCCACUAAUACAGCUUUACAGGUCUUUGUUUCUAAUAUUUAAAUCAAAUAAUUCAUUUUCAAAAUGUCUGAUUAUAAGAGACUAACCACAGUAAUAUGUAAGAUAUAUACUGAAUUGCCUUUUCUUUCCUUAGAAUGAGUUUUUUAACCAAUGAUGUCGAUGUCUGAGAUUAAAAGAAUACUGCCAAACUGUGCAUUUACACACCAAAAACUGUUUAUGCCACUUAACCUGCCUUCUUUCUAAGGAUUGACACAUUGAAGUGGUAUUUUCAAAAUGGAUGUCUCCCCAAAAUCAAGAGAAACUCUGGUUGCGUGUCAAAUCUCACAAGGUCAGGGCCAGUCUGUUCGCUGGCCCCUAUAUAACUCUUUACAGACAUCCAAACCCAGGCCACCAUCUCUGAAUUUAAUCCACAGUAUAUCUCUACCUGAGAGGGGAAAUUUACCCCAAGAAGCACGUGAAAAUUGCAGUAUUUAUCAUACUUGCAAGUCAAGAUCUAUAGAAACAACAGACAAAAAAGGGUCUGCAGAUACCAGUAGGUAUGAGUCGUCCUUAAUGCUCCAACACUUCCCUGUUUUUUCUGAGAAUGUUUUAUUAACUAGUCAUCAAAGAAAAACAGAGCCAUCACACCGCAAAGUAACCCCCAGAUGGCAAAACCUCUUCAUCCCUGAAUCAGAGGUGAAUGAGGAUGAGGAAGAUGAAGACUGUGAUGGAGACAGCUUGCGCAAGUACCAUGAAGGAUCAUCCCUACAACUACAAGGUUUUAAUUUGGCUCAAAGUAGAAACACAGGGAGCUCCACUGAAUGCAUAGCUGGCAGUUCUUCAUUUAGCCAGAAGAUUUUUAACUAUAAAACAACCCCUUUCAGUACAUCCAAAGACAACAAAGAACAGGAGAAAGAAUUUGAUACAGUUUGUGAGAACUGCAUGGACAGCAAAAGAACCCCUGUAACCUUCAUGGAUUGUGAUGAACAGGAUUGGGCUGAUGAGGAAGACUACAGCAAGCAUACUCUUGAGGAACCUGAUAAUUGUUGGUAUCAAACUGACAACCUCAUGAAUUGUGAAUCCUUAACUGAAAACCCAGCAGACUAUAUCACAGACUCUUCCUGUAACAGCUCCGAUGGAGUAUUGGUCAACUUUAGUGCCAUCUACAACAAAACCAACAACGCUGUUCCAUCAACUCCACUUAACCUAGAUAGUCCUGAUCGUGGGUCAGGAAAAGUAUUACAAGAUGGUUCAAACCCUAUGCUUAGCUGGUCACCCCACAGUGUUGAUCCAAACAGCAACAUCUAUUCACUUGACUGUGAUGGCUUUUCAUCAAUGGAAUUUUCUGACCUUGCUUUGUGUCAAGGACGGCUGGCUUGUUCCACUCAGAACUACUAUAAACUGGUAACAUGUGACUUAUCAUCCCAUUCUUCACCCAGCCCACCUUGGUCCUCUUUGACAAGUUCCUCUGAAACUCAUAGCCAGGGAAUCUGUUCUCCACCCUCUGAAUAUUUCCUCUUUGGACAGUCGAAGGAAGAGGAAAAGGAAAAUCCAAAGGUUACCCAAAGUGAACACCAGGGUGAUAUUGGGGGCAUUGAAAGGAUCUGCAGAAGAGAUGGCAGCAGGGACCAUUUUAAAGGCUCAAAAGACAGAUUGGAACAUACAAAAACACAUCACUCGGAUACAAGAGUCUCAGAACAUCUCACAACUUCUCAAUCUCAAAGCUGGAUUGGCAGUCAGAAAUACACAAAGCAGUGGUCCCUACAAAACAGCUGUCCCAGUCAUGUAGACACAAACUUAUCUUCACCUCGAUCCAGGCAGCAUGCCACCUCAUUUGCAGAAAUUGCUCGAUGUAAGAAGGGAAAUGGACAAUUAUUAAAUAUGAAGAAAAGCGUAGAGGGUUCACUGGGCUCAUUCUCUUGUAACCUCUCUGCUGUCCAAAAAAAGAAUAUUUCCGAUCAGAAAGACAUGUCGUUUAACCCCCAAAAUAACACAAUCACAGUAAUCUCCCCAAGUACUGACAGCAGUAAGCAGUCCAAUCCAGAAGAUGAAUGUGCCUCAUCCCCAGAUGUUGUGCGAUACACAAAAGCACAAAGGCCCACUUCUCUCCCAAUCCAGCCUUUCGUACUUCAAGCACCCUCAGGAAAACAACAGAGCAAGACACUUGGAUCCCUUCUUAAUCAGUACAUCAGUCUCAAGUACAGCAGGCCAGGGCCAUUGAAAGCUAUCUACAAAAGCAAGGGACAUACAAAUCAACACUCACCUCCUCGAAAUUACUCCACCAUCCACCUGGAGCCAACCCCCAGUUCAGACACUUGUUCCACCUGUACAUCAAGUCCUGUUUUACCUUACAGUCGCCCUCAGUAUUUCCACCCCUGCACAUUGUUUGGACGCAUGCACCAAAAUGUAGAUUUGAUGAACAGAAGCCCAGACCAAACAGAGGGUAGUCCAAAGGCUUGCACUGAAAAACAAGUUUAUUCACUGUCCUUUACGUCCACAAAGCAGGAUGCAAAUUGUCCUCCAGAGCAAGUGUAUCCAAAGAAUGCAUCAUACCCUUCUCAACAUGGAUCUUCUACUUCAAUCACAUCAGUGACCUCUUUGACCUCCAUCCCCUGCCUCAACUCUUUACCCAGAAAUAGACGAAGAUCCCUGUGGCCUUUUAAAGCUUCAUCCCAGGAGUUCACCAAUGCAGGACUCAGCAAAAUCUGCCAUUACUUUGGACCAAUAAAGCCACCCAGUGUUAAAGAGGAACAUCAACAUGGUGACUCACUCUCUAGGACUGAUAGACCACCUGAGGAGUUCUGCCUUUCUCCAGAUGCCCCUUUAGAACGUUUAUCAGCUGAAUUACUGCACAAGAAAAGUAUGUUGAAAGCUCUUAGUUCGGCAGUGGAUCUAAUAACAGCACAUUUCAACUCGAGCCAAGAAUCAGAAGAAAAGAUCAGACUUGGAAAUAGUUCCCUGUGCACCAGCAUCUUGCAACUUGUCUUUAAACACCUCUGCCCCACAAUCCAGAACAUCCUUCAAGAUGGUCUAAAAGCCUAUAAGUUGGAUUUCAUUAUUGGACAGCGACGCAACAAACUAUGGAAUGUCAUAGAGGCCACGGCACGAUCAGGCUCUCCUUCCCGAAUGCCUGACAGCUUGGUAUCUGUGGUAAAGAAAUGUUCCCAAUUAUCAAGUCACAGCAUAAAGCUCUAUGUCUUCAUUAUGGAUCUGCUAAAUUUCCGUGCUUUAGUAUUCUGGAUUCAUCAUUUGUACGGUUGUGUAGACAUUGUCAAGGACUUUUAUCAUCAAUGGGGUUUCCUGGCUCUGGCCCAGGGUCCAAUGUAUAGACCACUGUUCCAGGAGCUGCUCCUUGUGCUCCAACCACUCUCCCUGCUACCAUUUGACCUCAGUCUAACUUGUGAAACUCAAAAUAAGAAAAAUAAGCAAAACCAGCCUCGUAGGCUUCUCACCCAGUCAGCUAAGAUCCUUCAGAUGAGCUCUAUCCAGAAGAACCACAACAGUCCUAUAGGUCGAAGUGAUGUCUUGAGUAAUAAGUUAACAAGUGGGUAUUGGCUCAACCAGACACCCACUUCAGAGUAUGAACCGGCGAACUGCUGUUCAGACAGCACACAUGAAAAGGAAGAUAAAGAAAUCCAAGGAAUGGAAAAGAGUGAGAUGAUAGGAUCUACACAGAAGUCUGAAGAAGACAACCCAUCAUUGCGUUGGGCCAGGCUCUUUGGUUCUGUAGGUGGAACACAAGUUGAGCCAAAACAGGCACAAAAGAACAUGAGUGGAAAUCUGAGAAGCAGGCGACCCUCAGAAUGGUUAAAGAUCGGAGCAUCAAAGGUGGGCUUGCAAAGUUAGUGUGGACAGAGACUCCUCUUAAACUGAACCAAAACAGAGACAUGGCGAACACACAUGAUAUACUGAAUCUAUACUGAGCAG